AUGGACCAAAGAGAAAUUCUGCAGAAGUUCCUGGAUGAGGCCCAAAACAAGAAAUCUAACAAAGAGGAGUUUGCCAAUGAAUUUCUGUGGCUGAAAAGACAAUCCACUAAGUACAAGGCAGACAAAACCUAUCCUACAACUGUGGCUGAGAGACCCAAGAAUAUCAAGAAAAACAGAUACAAGGAUAUCUUGCCCUAUGAUCAUAGCUUAGUAGAGCUGUCUCUGAUAACCUCGGAUGAAGAUUCCAACUACAUCAAUGCCAACUUCAUUAAGGGAGUUUAUGGACCCAAAGCUUAUAUAGCCACCCAGGGACCUUUGUCUACAACUCUCCUGGACUUCUGGAGGAUGAUUUGGGAAUACAGUGUCCUGAUCAUUGUUAUGGCGUGCAUGGAGUUUGAGAUGGGGAAGAAAAAGUGUGAGCGCUACUGGACUGAGCCAGGAGAGCUACAAUUGCAAGUUGGCCCUUUCUCCAUAUCCUGUGAAGCUGAAAAUAGAAAAUCUGAUUACAUAAUCAGGACUCUAAAAGCCAAGUUCAAUAGUGAAACUCGAACUCUCUACCAGUUUCAUUACAGGAAUUGGCCAGACCAUGAUGUGCCUUCAUCCAUAGACCCUAUUCUUGAGCUCAUCUGGGAUAUGCGUUCUUACCAAGAGGAUGACCAUGUUCCCGUGUGCAUUCAUUGCAGUGCCGGUUGUGGAAGGACUGGUGUUAUCUGCGCUAUCGAUUAUACCUGGAUGUUGCUAAAAGACGGGAUCAUUCCUGAGAACUUCAGUAUUUUUAGUUUGAUCCAGGAAAUGCGAACACAAAGGCCUUCAUUUGUUCAAACUCAGGAACAGUAUGAACUGGUCUACAAGGCUGUAUUAGAACUAUUUAAGAGACAGAUGGAUGUCAUCAGGGGUAAAAAGUCAGGAACAGAGAUUCAAGCAAAGUAUUCAGUUCUUGAGCAAAAUCCCACCCUAGAAGCAGAGUCUUAUUCUAAUUUACCAAAAAGUGGCAUAAAAGAAGCAAAAAUGGUGAAGCAACAGAAUAAACAAAAGAUAAGGCUGAAAAGUGCAGACGCUUCUUCCUUUGGCCCCAGGACUCCUGAAAUAAGUGAAAAGGAAGGGUUAGUUUUACACCCUGCUGAACAGAGCAGUUCGUUUGACAUUUUGGAGCUAAAUUGUGGUUGUAACAAAAAUGCUGACACAACCGUGAAAUGGGAGCCAAAGGCAUUUCCAAUAGUUGGGGAGCCUCUUCAGAAACAUCAGAGUCUAGACUGGAGCCCCGUUUUGUUUAAUUCCAAACCUGCAAAUGUAGCAGGGGGAUAUUUCAACUCAAAGGGGCCGAUAACGCGGACCAAAUCAACUUCCUUUGAACUGAUGCAGCAAAGAGACACCAAGGAGCUGGAUAUCAAGGAGAAUGUUUUGUGUUUGGAACCUCAACCGCACAACUCUCCUCUUGGGCGGGCUCAAAAAGCGAUGCACGUUUCUUCAGCAGAACUGAAUUAUUCACUGCCAUCUGACUCUCGGCGCCAAACGGGCAAUGCCUCUAAUGCAAAGCAGCAGGACUCUAGUGCUGUUCAGGUGCAUUCUUACAUGUCCUUGGAAGAUCCUUUUUUUUCAUCAUUGUCACCAAGUAGCACUGGUUCUAAGAUGUCUCUUGAUUUACCUGAGAGGUCAGAUGGAACCACUUUACCUCGUUCUCCACUGCCCGCGUCCUCCACAACCCUCUUCUCUUGCUACAAUUCACAUGAUUCUUUAGCACUGAGUUCUCCAACUGGUCACCCUCCACCCCUGGACCAAGAGACAGCAGUAGUCGCAACUUCUCCAAGGAUAGAUGAUGACAUUCCCCCUCCACUUCCGGAACGGACACCUGAAUCUUUUAUUGUGGUGGAGGAAGCCGGAGAAUUUCCACAGACUGUUCCCAAAUCCUUAUCUUCAGCUGUGAAGGUAAUAAUUGGAACAUCAUUAGAAUGCAGUGGAACAUCUGAGUCAAAGAAAUCUGAUGACUCUGUGAGACUUAGACCAACUAAGAGUGUAAAGCUGUGGAGUCCCCAGUCAGAUCUACAUCAAGAUCGGUCUUCUCCUCCCCCACCUCCACUCCCUGAAAGAACCCUGGAGUCCUUCCUUCUUGCUGACGAAGAUUGUAUGCAGGCUCAGUCUAUACGGACCUAUUCUACUAGCUGUCCUAACACCAUGGACAAUUCAACAUCUUCAAAGCAGACAUUGAAGACUCCUGGAAAAAGUUUCACAAGGACUAAGAGCUUGAAAAUUUUGAGAAACAUGAAAAAGAGUGUCUCUAAUUCUUCUCCAGCAAACAAGCCUGCAGACUCUGUUCAGUCAAAUCGCUCCAGCUCCUUUCUGAAUUUUGGGUUUGCAAAUCGUUUUUCAAAACCCAAAGGACCAAGGAAACCACCAGCGACUUGGAAUAUUUAA